AUGGCGGAGUGGGUGCACGUCGCCAGCCGUGCACGUCACUGUGAGCGACAGGUGAUCGACAGCUUUGCACAUGGCUUUGUGAUCUUCACCGAGGCCUUUUUUGUGCACUUGAGGGAAGCGGACUUCGAUUGCUCCAGCACCAGCAUCUUGACGGGCGGCAGCAAGACCACGACCUUGACUCCUUUUGUGGACGGCGUCACGGAUUUGGCAACCAUUCGAGCGCAGAAGCAGGAGACUGCGGCGAGUUCGAUGGAGUUCGUCCCCCUUAAUGACUUUGGAUUGCUGGAAUUCCGCUACGAGCUGCCUCCGGUCUCCCCUCGGCGCUUUCAGCUUCGUGUGCCCGUGGAUUAUGUCACCGAUACCGCCAACCCGACUGGCCUCACGGGGCCCAGCAGCAUCUAUGAGAUCACAUUCGAUGUGGGGAUGCCCUAUGGACAGGAAGUCCUCCCUGUGACCUCGGGCACUCAGCUGUUUCUGGCCAGCCAUUGCAACAGCACCGAGACAGAGACAUACUUCUGGGGUUAUAGCCCUGGGGUAUCAUCUCCCGUGGUGACGCUGCAGAGCAACAGCGGAAGUUACUCCUUCUUGGCGAACUUCAACACAGCAGAUCUCGCGGCGGGCGUCCACUAUGAGGUCUGCCUUGACGUGGAUGGUCCUGGACCUCUUCAUCGACCAGGUCCCACGGGACUUCAACUCUUCGUCAGUCCUGUGACUGCAGUGGCGCCCACGACUGUGACGCAAGACCUGGGCAGGAGAGGUAUUUGGGUAUUGACUGCAGCUCGGCAUCGGUCGGAGCGUUGGUUUCGUGGCCGACUCAACUCAGCUCUGAAAGAGAGGCUCCGGGAGCCCCCAGCGGUCCAGCCAAUUUUAGAACGUUUGGCUGGGUGUGAAGAGAUCUCGUCCCCGGGCGUUGUCCCGGAGACGCCGCCCUUCCGCACCCGCUCGGCACCGCUGCGCUCCACGGGGACCUCAGGUAGGGAGGUGUCCCCGAAACUCUCGCCCCUGGCGUCGAGUCGAUUCCGAACCUUCCAACGGGUGGCAGGGCUUCGAAGUCCUCGGAUCCGCUGGUCGCUGACAGCGCCGCUGAGCGUGGCCUGCUUUGCGCGGCCCCAGGAGGCCAUGGGAUGGUGGCCGGAGAAUGACACGGAGGAAGAAUUGAUGGUGGGAGUGCAAAACUUUACCAAGAACUACGUGAAUCAGCUGCACUGGUGUAACGAGCUCACCACGGCCUACCUGGCCACCAGCUGCGACACCGCCGUGGCCGACGGCUACAGCAACGCCCUGUGGUCGGAACGCACCCAGUCCCAGUCGUUCUCGGGGACGGACCACCUGGUCGUGUGGCCGGACGUGAGCUUCGUGGACGAGGAGCGCAACGAGACGGAGUCCAGCGAGGUUGGUUACCGCAACGAUGCGGCCUGCGCGCAUGCGGCGACGGAGCGUGGCUAUGCGUACUGGACGCGAAGAGCUUCCGACAACACUUGCUGGUUCUUGACGGAGUCAGCUCCUGCCUAUGCCAGCUUCAGUGAGGGAUACACUUCGGGAAUGGUGGGUGUCCAGCUGUGGCUCUUGCGCUUAGAUACCCGGCCUUUGCUACAAGGUCAGUACUACACCUUGUGCAUUGACCUGGAUGGCUAUCAGACCAUCUCCAGCGUGGCCACCACCCUACUCAGCGUUUACGUCUCUCCCGUGCAAGCUGUGAGCACCACCACUGUAUGGCAGGCCUUGAAUCAAAACAUUUCACUGGAAUGCUCCAACUGCACGAGCUCCACCAAGCUGACGUUAUCCGUGAAGUGCGACGGGACCAUGGUGGUGGGCGAAAUCCCCGGAGAGCAGACCUUGGUGACGACUCUCGACUCCAAUGGAGAUGAGGGGAUGUGGACAGCUAUCGUAGAUGCCAAGACCCUUGCGGAGGGCAAGCACUAUCGAGUUUGCUUGGAACUGGAUGACCUGAUGCCCAUGGGUGACACGGGCUACCGAAUCUACGUCACGCCCCUCUACUACGUGACUCCAUCAGUGGGAAGCGAACAGUUUCAGCAGAUCGAGGUGGCAUGCCCUUCGGCCAUCUGCACACGCUCGACGGAGAUCCGGCUGGGAUUACUUCACCAGAGUUGUGGUGAUGGCCUCUUGGACGAGGUGGAAACGACCUGGGUCCAAGUGGAAGGAGCUGCCGAGGCCAAGGACCUGCGCCCUUCCCGGCUCCGCGGCGGCUUGGAUGCCGCGGUGCUCUCGGCGGGACGAGGCCGUGGUGCCUACUUCUUUGUUGUCGAUACGCGGGACCUCGAGGUGGAUCAGAACUACCGCGUUUGCAUCGACAUUGACGGCGUUUCUGGUGAUGUGUACCAACCGGGGGAUGCCGGGUAUUUGGUGUGGAAACCCGACACGACGGCCCCCUUCGUCUUCGGCAACGGCACCUUCAAUGGGACUUUGGAGUGGAACGUCACGGAGGCUGCCACGUACCUGGCCGGACGGAGGUUAGAUGCGACGGAAGAGGAAACCCGCGAGGUGGAGCUGUCUCGCGCAGAAGCUUCCAGGUGGUGGGCGCAGCGCAGCUCUGAGCAGCAAAACGAUGAGAGCAGCUCCAAGUCGGCGAGGCUGGACACAUCAGCCAAGGCAGCCUUUGUAGAUCCUGAAGCUGCAUCAAGCCACUCAGAUUUGGAGAGACGCUUGUCCUUCGUCUCUCCGGUGGAGUCGCUCUACCCGGAGUUUGUCUUCCUGGAACCCACGGUGGAGAGUGAGAACACCAGCGAGCCAUCCCUGGAGCUGCUGCCGAUGCGGCGGGUGAACUUCACGGUGACCUGUUCCUCCGGUGGCUGCAGCACAGCAACCGAGGUGCGUUUGGCAUUGAGCUGCGGCAGCGAGGGCCACCGAAGCUCGUCGCCCAGUUACACACAGGCCGUUGGCUUGGCCUAUGGCGCCUUCCCCAGCAACGUGCUGAGUCCCAGCGGCGAGGCCUUUCAGGCCAAUUUGGAUGUCUCCACCCUUCUUCCAGGAUUCGACUACCGUCUUUGCAUUGAUCUGGAUGGCUACUAUGGCUCAUCUGUGCCAGGAGACUCCGGCUUUUCAGCCCAUGGUUCUGCCAUCAGUGCCUUGUGGCCCAGCACACUGCAGCUGCAAAGUGCUCAGCCGCUUCGGGUGAACUGUUCGGCCGCUUCAGGUUGCUCCGCGGCCCUGCGCGGCUACCUCUCCUCCAGCGCCUGCGAGGCCCGGACGGAUGGCCUGCAGAGCGCCCUGAGUGGAGUUCGAACGGAGUCCGUGCCGGCGAGCUUGGUGGGCGACAACAGCUAUGAGCUGAUCUUCAACACGGAGUCCCUCACGGUGGGGCAACACUAUCGGCUUUGCGUGGAUUUCGAUGGGAUUGGUGCUGUGCAGGGCUUUGGUGCUGUAGGGAUCGUGUACCUCAGUGACACCCUCGCUUCCGUGACCACGGCACUGCCUUUUGGGGCCACCACUGCAGAGCUCCAGCUGAGCUGCCCAGCAUGUACGAGCUCCUCUUCCUUGAUGCUGGCCUUGGACUGUGGCGAUCGAGUGGACGUGACCAAUGCCGCCUCUUCCUUGGGCGUGGUGAGCAGCAGCUUCGCGGCACUCAGCGGCACAUCUUGGAGCGCUCACUUCGACACCACGACGUUGACACCGGGGAUCCAAUACCAUCUUUGCCUCGAUCUGGACGGCACGACUGGCAGCCUCGCCUUGGGCACCACUGGCUUCAUGGUCUAUGUGACUCCCGUGACGGAGUGUUGGAGGUGUGCAAUCCGGCCGGCACAGCAGCAACAGCUCAUCUUGAGCUGCCCUAGCUGCAGCGGGCCAGCCAGUGGCUAUGUGGAAAGCAGAAACAACAGCUGGAAUCUGAGUGAGCUGGUGAACUUCAGCGUGGAGGAGUUGGUCAAAUGGCUCGAUGUACUUCCAGCCUAUGACUUCGCACCACAGGUGUUCUUGGCGCGCAGCAGUUGUGAGAAGGGCCCUAAACGGCUGCGCCCAAAGCAAAGCAACGCAGGCUGCUGGGAGAACCUCACGCUGGGCCAGGUGGAUUUGGCAUGCAGCCGGUCCAACGGAACGUCAGGAGACGUCUCUUGGGAGCAAGAGGAGAACUCCUUCGAGGCGACGCUGAGCCACUGGAGCCAUCUCUUUGUGGCAGUGGUUGAUGCCAGCGGCCUCGUCCCCGGAGAGGAGUAUUUGAUCUGCCUUGAUUUGGAUGGUUUGGGGAAGCCCAUGCCCUAUGGCGACACUGGUCUCCGCACGUAUGUGUCACCGGUGACGAGUGCUUGGGUGGCUGGCAGCUUCCCACGACAUCUGGCAGUGUCUCAAACAAGCUUCACUCUGGAGGUGAGCUGUGAGGACUUGGGCACGUGCCUGCCAUAUGCCUGGUUGUGGCUCGACACCUCCUGCAGCAGCCGACUUUCGGGCGCCGCCUUAGAGGUCCAGGUCUUGUGGCCAGCGCAAGUGACUCUGGACGCUUCCGGUUUUCAGUAUGGUGACCUCUUGCAUCUUUGCACUGAUUGGGGCGCCGUCGCUGGCGCACGCCCCGGGAGCGAUACAGG